GGCGUGAGCGGGCUUACCCGGGGCCCCGCCGUGCCCAUGAAGGACCACGACGCCAUCAAGCUCUUCGUGGGGCAGAUCCCGCGGGGCUUGGACGAGCAGGACCUCAAGCCGCUGUUCGAGGAGUUCGGCCGCAUCUACGAGCUGACGGUGCUGAAGGACCGGCUCACCGGCCUCCACAAAGGCUGUGCCUUCCUCACCUACUGCGCCCGGGACUCUGCUCUGAAGGCCCAGAGUGCACUGCACGAGCAGAAGACCCUGCCUGGGAUGAGUCGUCCGAUCCAGGUGAAGCCGGCUGCCAGUGAGGGCCGAGGAGAAGACCGCAAGCUGUUCGUGGGGAUGCUGGGCAAGCAGCAGGGCGAGGAGGACGUGCGGCGCCUGUUCCAGCCCUUCGGCCAGAUCCAGGAGUGCACGGUCCUGCGGAGCCCCGACGGCACCAGCAGAGGCUGUGCCUUUGUGAAGUUCGGGAGUCAAGGGGAAGCGCUCCAGGGUCUGCACGGCAGCCGGACCAUGGCGGGCGCCUCGUCCAGCCUUGUGGUCAAGUUGGCAGACACCGACCGGGAGCGCGCGCUGCGGCGCAUGCAGCAGAUGGCGGGCCAGCUGGGUGCCUUCCACCCCGCGCCACUGCCGCUCGGGGCCUGCGGCGCCUACACCACCGCGAUCCUGCAGCACCAGGCGGCCCUGCUGGCGGCGGCCCAGGGUCCGGGCCUAGGCCCGGUAGCUGCGGUGGCGGCCCAGAUGCAGCACGUGGCGGCCUUCCGCGCGGGGGAGGGGCCGACUGCCACCUCCUCACUUGGACCUCUGCCACCCCCAGCUGCCACCUCCCCACCCGGCGGCCCUGGCACGCUUCCUGGCCUUCCAGCGCCCAUUGGGGUCAACGGAUUUGGCCCCCUGGCCCCCCAGACCAACGGGCAGCCUGGCGCGGACCCGCUCUACAGUAACGGGCUUUCCCCUUAUCCAGCAGCCUACCCAUCGGCCUAUGCCCCGGUGAGCACAGCUUGUCCCCAGCAGCCGUCAGCCCUACCCCAGCAGCAAAGAGAAGGCCCCGAAGGCUGUAACCUCUUCAUCUAUCACCUGCCUCAGGAGUUUGGUGACGCAGAACUCACACAGACAUUCCUGCCCUUCGGAGCCGUGGUCUCUGCCAAAGUCUUUGUGGAUCGAGCCACCAACCAGAGCAAGUGUUUCGGCUUCGUUAGUUUCGACAAUCCGACCAGCGCCCAGACCGCUAUUCAGGCCAUGAAUGGCUUUCAGAUCGGCAUGAAGAGGCUCAAGGUACAGCUCAAGAGGCCCAAGGAUGCCAGCCGGCCUUACUGAUCUCUGGCUGACCAGCCACAGAAAGCAACUGAAGAGUGAGAAGAAAGGGAAGGAGAAGCACAGAAACCUUGCGCAGCCCUUCCGGAAGGAGCAGCUUCAGACGGAGGCGGGCCGGGCCACGGCCCACGCUGGCGCUCAGGCCACUCUGAGGACUGUCUUACCCCACGUGGCUCUGCACCCGCGCUCAGAGCUCCAGCUCGCAGGGCGGCGAGGGCUGGCUGAGAUGGACGGGGCGACCCGCAGGGGGCCUGGGGGUGCCAAGGGCUUCUCUGCAGGGAAGCCCAGAUCUACUUCUUUCAAAAUCAUAUCAUUCCGUAGAGUUUAGGGACCAAAGGACUAUUGCUUUUGUAAGAAUAUAUAUAAAUAUAUAUCUAUAUAAACUAAAACAAAGGAACAAAGACAGAAAACAAACAAAAGAUACAAGAGAAACAAAAAAGACAGUAUGGAGUCUUGUAAAAGCUGCCUUUAAAUAUCCCUAGGAGACAGGGUGAAGGAGAACUUUGCUCCUGCAGCCGAGGCAAGGGGGCUGUGGGCGAUUGUGUGUCUCAGUCUCCCUCAAACCACUCCUCAAGCCUGCCCUUUUAAGAGUAAUGAAAGACGUGAGGUUGUGGCCGAUGCUCAGCUAACAGAAGAGGAACGGAAGCAGUGAGCCCACAGUCCAAACCCCGACUUGGAUAGCGUUCCCAAGAGGCCCCAGGAGGAGCCCGGCCGGCGCUGGCCUCUGCUGCCCAGUGUGGUGCCCUGGCCAUGGGGCGGGAACCCGCCUUUCCUGUUCCAGCCUUCCCCAUGGGACCACUGCUUCCCAGGCAGGCGGGAAGGGGGGUGUUGGCCACCUGAGCUUUGCCUUCCCAGCUGGAUAGACGGUCCUGCCUUUGGCUGAGCCAAGUCACCUCCUGUGUCCCUCCCCUCGAGCCACCCGUGUCCCCUCACUCCAGGCCACCUUCUGUCUCUUAGUCUCAGUUGGCCCACCUGUCAAGUUGAUCUGGAGAUGCUAGAGGGCUACGACGACAGACUCAGAGGUCUGCUACUGUAUAUACUGCCAUUGGGUGACCCUCAACACGUAGAAGCUUCAGAGUUAGAGGUCCCUCUGUGCCCCGGGCCUGGGAGGGACGUAGAUGUUCUGCAAAAUACUUCUUCAUUCCUUUAACAAGUGCAUCUUUCCUAUGCAAGGGUGUCUCACGUGUGCUUACCCAAGGUGCUUUAGGUGGUGAGCCGUGCUCGGCUUAGACGUGGUGUGUGCUCUGUCCGUCUGUCUCGGUCUGUCUGUUGUAUCCAGUGGGUGCCAUAAAAGCUGAUCAAUGGUGGUGCUUCCUGCCUGCUUCUGUGAGAUAGACGAAGACGCAGCGUAGACGCCAUGACCCACCUUGCCUGGGCCAACCUUUCCUGGGCCACACUCCCCAGGAGGACGGCCCCCACCUCACAGAUGGUCCGCCCAGUCUGAGGCCUCGUCCCCAGGCGUGGCUGAGGAUGGAGGCUCGUGGUCACGCCAGACAGCAGAGGAUGUGGGGGUGGGGCUGGAGGGUUCCUCCUGCAAGACAGUUUCUAAGAAAACUUGUUCC